UCUGAGGAGUGAACAUUUCUAACUGCAGACACCAUGGAUACCAGGCACAGAUGCCACUUCUUCAGAGUUUACUCAAGUUCAGUUUAAAUGUUGCAGUCAUGACCUGAUAUUGUUAAUAAGCAGAUUCUCUGUUGAAGAAUUAUUUGCAUUAGCAGUUAAUUUUUAUUUAUUGCUAUUUUAGAGAAAUCAGUAUUGGUAGCUGGAGCUUACACACUUGCUACCUCUAACAGGUUUUUUUUUUUUUUUUAGAGCAAACUUUUUAGUAUUUUCAGUGUCUUUAACUUCAACAGGUUUAGGUUUAAUUUUUCCUUCAAAUAGUUUUUUGUGACGGAUUUGUUUUAACUGGAAAAUUAAUACCUGGAGUAAAAAGCAUCUUCACAGAUUAAAACACACCUGUAAGGUAGACUUGGGGGGAUGUAAGUUUACUUCAUACAUUUAAAAAAAAAAAAUUUAAGAAAACAAUUUGGGCUAAACUUUUUUCAUCAUUAGAGAUCACCAGUUUGUUUUGGGGGGUUUUUCAAAGCCCUUCUGUAGCAACUUUAGUUUCACACAAACAGACUGGAAUAACCAUUUCAGGGUUACAGUGAAUGCAGCAUGUUGAGUAUAAAUAAAGAUUAACCAGUUAAUACUAAAGCUGUGUGUGUGAUGUACGACUGUUCUGCCAGAGACAUGUUUAAAAGACCCGUUUAAAUGGAGGAACUCGACCCUUCUUCCUGUUCCCACAAGCAACUUUUCCUUCAUUACAUCUUUAGAGCUGCUGUCUGUCGUUUUGUGAAGCUUUCCAGGCCAGAAGAGAUUCUGAAUUCAAUUUGUUUCGGUCACUACAACCACCAGAGCUCCAGGCUUUAAAUGAGUGGCGGUAAAUCCUGGGUUGUUUUGGAGAUCCAGCAGCAGCAAAAACACUUUCCUUUAACAUCCUGGAGGAAUUACAUCACUACCACAUCACUGUUUUUAUUCUUUAAUCAUGUGAUGAUAAUGACAAAUCAAUGUGGUUUUAUUAUGUCUUUUUUCCUUCCAAGGUCAAAAGUUUUUUUUCUUUUUAUCAAACUGUACUAGAAAAAGAAGAGGCUGAGAGAAUGUCUCAUCACUUUGCUUUAAUGCCUCACAUGCUAUUAGUAAACAGUUGCACCAAAAUCAUAUUUGGCAGAGUGUGACAUAAUGGCCCCAUGCUGACCAUUAUGAGUGGAAAAUACAGGAGCUAGUUUCCUGCAGACAGCAGAGCAGUCUUUUCUGCAUCACCUUUACUGAGCAGAAAUGGACGGUUUCCAGCAGAGUGGAAACAACAAGAGGCUUUUUGUGCGAUCUGAGAGCAGCUUGUUCCACCUACAGUAACUAUUAAGCCUCUCCAGAUGUCUGUUGAAAAGAAAGGGUUUCCACUACGGGUGCCAGCAAACAUGCAAAUGCAGCUCUGAACGAAUGCAGGGGAUAGAAGAAAGAAAACAACCACAGAACAGCUGAGAGUCAGAGACCAGGGAAAAGAUGGGAACUGGGUUUUUAGGUUUAUUUUACAAUAAAAUGCUGUAAGACAUUUUUUUCUGCCCGAGACUCAAACUGGAUCAAGAACAAUGGGUUGAGUCCCAGUCAGAGUGUACUCCAUCUCUCUCCCAGUGACUGCUAAAGGUUGGCACCAGGACUCCCAACCAUCCAAAGACAAGUUGGUAUAGACAAACAGAUGUGUUAAAUUAAAGUGUACUAUAUUAAAAUGAUUUGGAUUUGAAUUAAAUUAAACUGGACUAAAAUCUUGGACUCAGUCUUUUCAGGUUCUAACUGGGACUGAAUUUACUGGGAUUGCUAAAAGUCCUGGACUGAAGUGGACACAGUGAGGGGAACUUUCUGUUUAAAUAUAAUUAAAUAUACAAACAUUUAAAAAAUAGACUAUAUAAUAUGGCCUAAUGUUAAUUCUAUGGUAAACUGGAUUACAAUUGGAUUAAAUUAUAUAGAAAUAAACUGUUAGUCAUUGCAGCCACUUGGUAACAUUCACUACCUUCAUCUCAGCAUGAAAAUGUCCAUCUAUCUCGAUGCUGUUUCAUCUCUUCUCUCCAUUUCCUUUGCUGUCAUUUGUUCUCUCUGUCCUCAGGGAAGAACUGGUCACAGCUGCAGGAACUUAUUUUAGGAGCAACUCGAUCCUUCGGAAACGUCUGUGACUCGAGUUCUUCACAUAUUUUUGUUGACAUUCAUUGACUCUGAUGGAAAUGGUUAACAGUACCCGGGAAUAGAAAUAGAUUCUCCAUGGAAAGGAAGCCUUGGUAUCUAAGGUAGCUAUAGCAACGGCAACUUGUUGGACGUUAGCUGUAGAUGUUCAACUAAAGCUCAAUUCAACAGUUCCUCAAUCUGAGUUGGGAGUAUCAGGAGUCCCAAGUCCUUGAGGGACGAGUUCCUGCAACCUUUGGUCAAGCCUUUGCUUUAACACACCUGAAGCAAAUAUUAGCUCAUUAGUAGAAAUCUGUAAAGGUUUUAGGCUGGUAGGACAUCUUGAAGAAAAAGAUGACCGCUGGAAUGAGACAGAAAGACUCCUUAGUCCAGUCAGUAAUAAUGGAGCCCGGCAGUCCAAAGAAGAUCCAGUUUGCUGUGCCUCCCCUGCAGGGACAGAUUGACCCACAGGCUGCUGAACAUAUCCGCCGCAGGAGACCGACCCCCGCCACCCUGCAGAUCUACAGACAACCUGGGACAGAUGUUGGAGAUCAACAAAACGCCAGCGGGGAGCCACAGGCCUCAGACGGCGCUCAGAGGAAGCAGAGCACAUACGCCCCCCCAUCAAUGAAAGACCUUGGGCUGGGGGUGGAGCAACAUCUCCUGGGGGCGGGGCUCUGUGAAACAGACAGCCAGCUGAGCCCAAUCACAGCGCAACUGUAUGCCACCGGUUACACGUGGGCCAAUCACAAUCAGCCAGAGGAAGCCAAUGGGAAUGAGGCGUGUUUGCUGUUAACCAAUCAGGAGAGAGGAGUGGCAGAGAGCAACAGCUCAGGCGAUUUGUCCAUCACCAAAGCUAAAGAAGCGUCCAGCCCCGACUCCAUCUCCCGAUAGCUGCUUCUGCUUCGUCUAACAUCACUUCUGUCCUUUUGUGUCUCAUUAACCAACUGUUCUCCUGUCUGCUUUCCCACUUAUUCCAAUACUGCUCUACUUUGCUAAUAUCCAGCACUUAAUUACUACUUUCAUUUUUUAUUUUUGUUUUUUUUUGGUUCGUUUGGGUCAGUCUGAAUUUUUAAAAUGUGGCUGUGAAUAAAUCAAUAUUAAGGGCAAACAAAUGUCUGAGUGUUUUCUUAAACAAUAAGGCAGAUUUAAGUCCUCUAUUUUUAGAAUAAUAUGAAAAAAAGUUUGGAUGAAAUUGAAAUGUUCUAAUGUUGCACUGUUAUUCCUUGAAAUGAUCUAAACAAACCCAACCUAUGAGAGAGUCAACCAUCAGGGACGGGUACCGGCCGUCUGAGAGACCCAGUGUUCAUGUUGCUGCAUUAGCAGCUGAAAUAACUUCAAUGUUUUUCUAAAGAAGAGUGUAUGGGGAGCAAGAAAAAAAAACUCCCCCACUGAUUCUUAUAGUAGACAUGGGCCCCAAAAGACUGAACACCCUCAGGCACAAUAUCCUCCAAAAAUACAAAAGAAAAUAAAUUUACCAGAGAUCUGACCACUGAAAGAAUGGUAAAAAGAUGUUUUCAGUUACUUGUAUAUUGUCGUUUGUAUUGCUUUGUCUUUUAUGCUAUCUGUACAUCUGGUCUGAAUUUAAAUAUACAUGUUUUUUUUUUUUUUUGAAUUUUCAUCUAAAUUUUGACCUUGAUUCCAAGAAAACACCCAAAGAAUUGUUGACUUGAUCUGUGUUUGUGGAACCACAAUGAAUACAAGUUAAAAAGUUCCUCAUUCAUACCUAGGGGGAUUUUCUGGGGCCUUGUGUGAGAGAGAUCUCUCGUCUGAUAAAGUUUAGUUGAAAUUUCUCAUGCUUGGGGUUGAUAGGAGAACCUACAUGUCGUCUGCUUCCUGGAUGUGGCCGGAACAUCCAGGAGUAAAAAAGAGGCUUGCAAAUGUGAGAUGUGUGUAAACAAGAUGUGGCUUCCUCAAGUCUGGCCUAAUUUCCCAGAAUGUUUAGAAAAUCAUUCAAUUUGUCUUAAUCAACAUCACCUGUUUGUCUGGCAGUAAACCAAGAAAUGACUUGUCUGAGCUACUUGUAUUGCUUUAUCAUCCACUGGUGAACCUCCCACAUAUAAACUCAGCAAAUAAAACUGUUGUAAAACUGAUAGUGGGUACCGCCUGGGAUCCAAAGAAUCAUCCAAAUCUGUUGGACAAACAUUUAUUGCCUUCGCUCCUUCCUUCUAAAGGUCCCACAUAUUUGGUGCACUUGACUACAAAAUCUCAACCAUGUGUGGAAAGUCAACGCAGCUCAUAGAGUAUGCACAGCAUGUCACGUGUCAUGUGGGAGCCUGAAGACCGACAGGUUCAAAGAAAUAAAAAGCUGGACUGUAAUACUCCUUUAUUGUCAACAGCCUUAUGUCUCGUUUUCACUGAGCGGUUCGGCAGAGUUUGGGAUGGUAUUGUUGUGGUAUGGUACGCUAUUUUGUUUGCUGACUUUGUAAAAGCAGCCCGAAUGUUGUGUGACUAAUACCACAAUAUUCCUUGGACUCCUACAGUUCAGAGGACAAUUGUAAUGUGGUUAGUGUGAAGCUACUGGCAUUACACAACACUGUCUGUUGACUGAACAGAAAAUCUUCUUGUUAGGUGUUUAACUCUACCUCACCAAUGAGAGUCCACCUGGUGGAGGAAGCUCUCUCCUGGUACCAUAACAUAGCGUACCAGAUCAGACUGACCCGUUACGCACCGCUCAGUGGAAACAAGGCAUUAGAUCCGGAGAGCGAGCAACAUUCCCCAAUUGCUAUUUGGGAGAGACCUUUCAUGUUGCCUGCUGUGAAAGUGGAAAUCUGUCAAAACUGAGAGCUUCAAAGAUCCUCCCUGCACUUUCCCUUAGAUCAGAAAAAAAAAACAGAUUAAGGAGAUAUCUUUUGUUUAAUGAAAUACUUUAAGUCUGGAUAACCUUGGGUCUUAGUUCAAUUAGAAGUCUGCUCAACAGCAGAAGACAUUUUUUAGUGUUGGUCAUUGUUGUUAGCUUGGUUUGUUACUUGUAUUGCUUAUCAGUAGAUAUGGGUAACUGCAUAAUAAUUCAUUUACAUUUCAAUUCUCUAACUAGGGCAUGGUGAUCUUCUCAUAAUCUGUAUGCGACAUUUGUCUGAAAAUAAAUCUUUACACAGAGAUAAAUUAAACUCCUGACCUUUUUGUUGAAUGGAAUUUUUCAAUGAGGAAACUGAAAAUUCACAUUUACUCAAGUCUAGUUUAAAUUUCACAUUGUUUUAUUUGCUUAAGUUGAGCAUAAAUUAUGCAUUUCACAUUUCAAACUAAAUUGCUGAAAUUAGUUAACUUUUUGAUGAUAUUAUAGUUAGCUAACGUGCAAAAUAAAUGCAUCAGCUCAUCAGGGUGGAACACUGGCCUGAACUAAGUGGAGGAAAAAAUUGUCUAGUGAUGGUGACUGUGUUUCUUUUUUUUA